AUGAUGUUGGGAGAAGUUGAGCAUAGCAUUCGGAAAGCUCCGAAAGGUGUCGACGCGUCCGGUUGCUCAGGAGAACGGAACAAGGCCAAAUAUGUCCCGAUGAACCAGUACGGACACGGCCAGCUGAUGGACGACUACGUUUUUCUUGAGGACGUUGGACGGCGAGCAGGCGAAUGGGGCCGAGAAAUCGUAGGCGGCAACUACAUGACAGGGAACACGGGACAUAGGGGGAGACCUGGAAGUUCAAGAGGCGGGAGGGGUCACCCAGGUCGCGAACGGGCCAGAAGAGAGAAAAAGACGAGUGGAAAGCGGGAGGCGCUUCAAGCAGCAUUGGAAAAGUGCGACAUUGAAAUGGAGUUCUUGCCAGUAGGAAUGGACAAAAGGGCCCUUAAUCAAUCCACAUGGGAUCACAAAAAACGAGCAGCCUAUCUGACCCUCGAGCUCGUCAUCCAUCCCCCACCAUACGCCAGUGCCGACCAAUGCAUCAAAAUCCUCACCCAUCGCAACGACGCGUCUCAACCCCUGCUUUCCCUUCUUCAAAAAGCCGUAAAGGAGCGGGUCAAGUCCAAAAAGGAAUUGGCCCCACCAGAAUGGCUUUGUCCUCUCGUCCUUCCUCCAUCGUUGUUACAGGAUGCUGACACCUCAGAGGCCGAUACCGAAGAUGCCCAAUUCACGCCCCCUCGAUGUUACACUGCAGCAUCACCAGCAGCGUUGUCGCGUCCAUCUUCUCAAAAAUUAUUCCACUCUGUGGACCCAUCCCAACCUCUGUUGGCGGGCCUGAAGUUUACGACAUUCGUCGAAUUUCCUUCGCUACAUGUUUAUGACCCACAGCUCCCACCACCGGGAGACGUUGUGGAUGCGAAGGGUAUGGUGACCGUGUACGCUGACAUCGAAGAAGAGAGAUACGAUGAAGCAAGGAGGGCAAAGAGAAGAAGGCUAGGAGACCGUGAGGGACGGCAAAGGAUCGGCACUUUGCUGGGUGACUAUGGGAGUGAGGAUAGCGAGGACGGCGCGGAACGGCAGAGUAAUGGCCUCAGUGGAUUGGGAGCUUACGGCGGAAGCGAUGAUGAAUCAGAAGGCAACAAUGAAUCCGUCGAUGGAGACAUGGCCACAAAGGUCGCCGUGAUUGAUGCCAGGGUUGGGGAAGGGGACACCAUCGAUACGGCAGACAACUCUGAUGAAGAUGGCGAGGGCGAUGCCCCGCUGGAUCCGAACCUUCUCCUCGACCUGAUCAAGCAGAGCAGGACCAUACAGGAGGCAGUGGAUGAGGACAUGGUAGACUGGGAUGCUGGAUCUGGGGACGACGAAGCGGAGUGA